AUGUUUUUCAAAGUGGCCACAACUGACGUGAAAUACGAUACGGCUGAAAGUGUACGGUCUCUGGUAGCCAAUCUGGCUGAAUUGAGUCAAAGACUGACUGCAUUGGACCUAAGCAACAACACCUACCACCCUGAUGCAUUCGCUAGCAUUGCAGAGCAAAUCAAGAAAAUGAGAAAUCUGAAAACAGCCUCAUUUGAGUCAACAAUGAGUUGUCUUGACUUCGAAGAGAUGUCUAGUCUGUGCUCUAUGAUCACAAACAGUCUCCCAAACGGCCUAAUCGCCCUGAAUCUCUCAUCAAAUGCCCUAAGCUGCAACUUUCCCAAUGCCUUAACUGACUUCAUAAGCAGAUCCAAUCUCGUUGAGUUGAAUCUCUACAACUGUGGCCUAGGCCGAGAGGGAAUUGAACGUGUUUUAAGGGCACUUGAAGGCCUAUCUGAUAAGACACGCCUUGAGAAGUUGAAUAUUGGUAAAAACAGAAUGAAUUCGGCCACAAAUGAACUUGGUGAAAUCAUUGGGCAAUUUGAGAAUCUCACCCUGUUCAAAAUGGCCCAUAACACGGUCUACGAGGGACUCGACUCAUUUUUGAAUGGCCUUGUUUCACUGUCUCUGAUUGAACUCGAUAUCUCGGACAACUUCGUUGAGGAGGAGACUGCGUUGCUCGAGAUCCUCGGCCAUGGAUCUCUGCGUCUAAUCCACCUCCGUGACAUCAAAACAGAUCACAUGGAUGUGAUUCUACAGAAAAUGGUUGAUACUGGAUCGAAAAUAGAGCACCUUGAUGUCUCCCAGAAUGAUCUUGAGACUGAGGAGUCCAUGAAUCAGCUGGUUGAGCUGGCAAAACACAACCAAAUCAGGGAGUUGCACAUCUACGACAACUAUUUUGAGACUGAUUUCAGGGAGACGUACAGAAAGAUCAAGAACCUGAUUCUUAGAAAGGGCGGUAGAUUCAUUGAGACCGACCCAGCCAUUAUGGCUGAUGAGGAAGAACAGAGACUAGCAGUACUAAUAAGUAGAAUAUGA